ACAUGUGCUGCGCCUGUGGACUGCGCUAGCUAGCGUGUGGCGGCUGGCUUCCCCGCGAUAAAUACCGGCCCUGCACCCGCCCGACCCGGCACGAGACCGUGCACGGCCGACACACACAGAGCCAGACUUCUUAUUAGCUAAAGCAAGUAACUCGGCCGGGGCUGUUGCGCGGCGCGAUCGGCAUGGGGCUGGAGGAGGCGGAGGAGAAGAAGGCGGUGCACGGGCACCGCCUGUCGACGGUGGUGCCGAGCUCGGUGACGGAGGUGGAGAACUACGCGCUGGGGGACGCGGACAUGGCGUUCCGGCUGCACUACCUGCGCGGGGCCUACUACUACGGCGCCGUGCGCGGGGUCACCACCAAGGUGCUCAAGGACCCCAUGUUCCCCUGGCUCGACGCCUACUACCCCGUCGCCGGCCGCGUCCGCCGCCCCGACGCCGACGCCGACGCCGCCGCAGCCGCAGCUGACCGGCCCUACGUCAAGUGCAACGACUGCGGCGUCCGCAUCGUCGAGGCCCAGUGCGACCGCGCCCUCGAAGACUGGCUCCGCGACGACGACGACGCCGCGGUCGACCGCGUCAGGCAGAUGUGCUACGACAAGGUGCUCGGCCCGGAGCUCUUCUUCUCCCCGCUGCUCUACAUCCAGAUCACGAAGUUCAAAUGCGGAGGGAUGGCGCUGGGGUUCAGCUGGGCGCACCUGAUCGGCGACGUGGCGUCGGCCACCACCUGCUUCAACCACUGGGCCAAGAUCCUCGCGGGCGAGAACCCGGGCGACGUGGUCGUGAACCCCAAGAACGAGCCGCAACACCGCGCGCCGCCCGGCACCCCCGCGCCGCGCUCCGUGAAGCCGGUCGGCCCCGUGGAGGACUACUGGCUCGUCCCCUCCGGCGCCGACAUGGCAUGCUACUCCUUCCACGUCACCGAAGCGGCGCUCGAGAAGCUGCAGCAGGAGGAAGACCCGACGGGGCGCCCCUUCGAGCUCAUCUCGGCGCUCCUGUGGCAGACGGUGGCGAAGAUCAGGGUGACCAAGGAGGUGAAGACCGUGACUGUAGUCAGGACCGACGUGGCGGCCCGGAGCGGCAACUCGCUGGCCAACGAGCAGAAGGUGGGCUACGUGGACGCCACGGGCUACUCGCCAGCCAAGGCCGACAUGUCCGAUCUGGCGGCGCUACUGGCGGACAGCGUGGUGGACGAGACGGCCGCGGUGGCGGCGUUCCCGGGGGACGUGGUGGUCUACGGCGGGGCCAACCUGACGUUCGUGGACAUGGAGCAGGUGGACCUGUACGGGCUGGAGCUCAACGGGCGGAGGCCGGCCCACGUGGAGUACGGCAUGGACGGCGUCGGCGAGGAGGGCGCCGUGCUCGUGCAGCCGGACGCCGGCGGGCAAGGGCGCGUCGUCACGGCCGUGCUCCCCAGGGACGAGGUCGGCGCCCUCCGCGCCGCGCUCGGGGCCUCGCUCCUGCUGCAGGCUGCCUGAUCAACCUCGGAGCGUAUGAACGAUCGAUCUCUGUCCGUCUGAAACUUCAGUUGAUCACUUGUAAUCCUACGAUGCGACGACCUUAAUUUUCCUUUGUACUGUGAUUGGUUUGCCAAAUGUGUGCGGUAAUAAGUUGCUCGAAUAACUUACCCAAGAUGUACCAAGUAUUACUGCAAGGAGGAAUACAGGGCUAAACUUGUCAACAGGAACAGCAUGAACUGAAUCUGGGAUUGUUUGAUCUUC